AUGGAGCUGCGAGGGCAAAGAAGCGCUCUGCUCACAAACAAAUACUGUCCCUUGACCAAUCGUUGCAGAAGGAUUCUUCUAGCAAAUACUGCAGCCUCUGUGGUAAGAAUCUGGCUCCUGAGGGGGCAGCUUCUUCUCCUGCUGCUGUGCUCUGGUCUGCAGAGACCCACGAUUGCAGUUAAAAUCGACUUUGACUUGGCACCAAAUUCCUUUGAUGAUCAGUACCGAGGCUGCAGCCAACAAGUCAUGGAGAUGCUGCUUCAAGGGGAUUAUUUCAUGGAAGAACUAGAAUCCAGUAAGCAUUACCGCAAAGUCUGGCAGCAAACACACUUAAACUGGUUGAACCAAGAAAAACCUCUCCCCGGGAACAUGACUAUUACACAUGCUGUGGCUAUCUCGGUUUAUCUAUCGGACGACAGAGUUCACUUAGACUUCUCCAGAGCCAUGGCCAGUGCUGCUGGGUCUCCGCAGCAGUAUAAACAUUCAUUCCGUUUCAAAUAUCUGCACUACUUCCUGACCUCAGCCAUCCAGCUGCUGAGGAAAGAGAUUGUCUCAAGGAAAGACUCUCUGUGUUACGAGGUGCCGCACGAGUUGAAGGGCGUUUACUUGCAAGCCCCCGUGGGUGCCAUCGUUCGCUUUGGCCAAUUCCUCUCCACCUCCCCAGCAACAGGACAGGCACAGAGGUUUGGGAACCAAACUCUAUUUACCAUGUUGACCUGCCUGGGGGCACCAGUACAAGACUUCUCUCUCAAGAAGGAGGUCUUGGUCCCUCCCUAUGAGCUGUUUAAAGUGGUCAAUGCGAGCUACCAUCCAAGAGGAAAUUGGUUGCAAUUGCUGUCAAAUGGGAACCAAAGCACGUACAACUGUCAGCUGCUAAAAGCUUCCAGCAGAAAGUGCAUCCCUACUCCUCUAGUUAUUGCUUCUCUCUCCUUUUUGACCAGUGUCAUCAUCUUUUCCAAAAGUGGAGCAUAAAGGAAGCUUGUGGUUUUGCCUCUCCUGUACUCUUUUGCUUUAUUCCCGUCAAGGCACCCUGUAUACCCAUAGACAAUCAAUCUGCCGAGCUAUCAGCUGAUAUAGAACCGCCUCAGUCCACUGCCUAUGAGUAGGCCUGUAAGUAUAUUUCUUCUCCAUGGAUACAAGAGUCAUGUUGGAUAGAAAAUGACUCAUUCGGAGCCUGUGAGAUACAAUUAGUGUACUUUAUUGGAAUUAGGGCUGGGAAUAGGCUAGUGGCCUUUUUUAU